UGCUUUAUAAUAAAAAAAAACAUGAAAAUCUCACUUUUUUAUAAUAUGGGACCUUUAAGUGAAGUACAAAUACCUCAAAAUUGUAUUUUCAGUACAGUACUUGAGUAAAUGUACUUAGCUACUAUCUAUGAUAUUAACUCUGGGGGUAUAUAUAGUGAGUGACAUCAUAAAGACCUGAUGCUCUUUCUUCAUAUUCAAACUGGGAGUUAUGAGUGCCUGUCCCUUUAAGAAGGAGGCGGAAGUGAAUGGAGCCUGGCGGAAGUGGUGCCUGGCAACCGGGCAACCCUCCUCUGAGUGUAAACCCUCAACUGAUAUAUCAGAAAUUCAUGAGAUUGACAACUAUUACACAGACUGUUCUUUAUUAUUAUUAUUAUUAUUAUUUUAAAAUCUCAAUCGUCUUCAUCCUCUGAUCGCUAAUAAAGUUUUUCACCAUAAUAGUCCGUGUAAAAACAGAAAACUAUGUUUAGUGAGACCGGGGGAUACAAGAAAGAACCUGGCAACACAAGCUGUCAUUUUCCCGGCGCGGGAAAAAUCGUAAACAAACACAGAGAGGAAGAAAGCCCUUUAGUGCUGUCUUCUAAUAUGAUAGUUAGCUAUCUACACGUGUGUGUUAUCGUCUGCUUGAGUUACUAUAAGUUUUAUUAGAAGAAGAAGAAGCUAAAGUAACUCACGGUUACAAAAAAAAACAACGUUUUCGCUGAAAAACGUUAUAAAUAACGUUUGUAAUGAAUUAAAGUGAGUUAAAUCUGACCGGUAUCGACCUGUAAACGGUACUAAUGGAUCGAUACAACGAGGUGAAAGUGGAGCUGAAGAGCUGGGAGCAGAGCUUUGUUAAAGACCAUCAGAGGAAACCAAACAAGGAGGAUAUUGAUGAAGCUCCAGAGGAGACCAGGAAGCUGUAUAAAGAGUACCGCAGUUUGAAACAAGCCAAAGAAAACAGCAGCAGUAAUGCAGCCAGCGGACACGCUGAACAGGCCAGAUCUACAGCCGGGGUCAACACAGGCCAGAAGGAGGCGGACUGUUGGGGUGCCCAUCUGAACCGCAGUUCACAGCCUGUAUCUUCUCCCAGACUGACAGCCGAGGAAAGAGACAGUCUGCAGGCUUCUGCCCAGUACUAUGGCGUAAAGCUUAAAAACAACCUGGCGACACUCCGUAAGGAGAGACCUGUCUCAAUGAAGAAAUCUGUCGUUCCCGGCCGGAUGCCUCUAAACUCCUUUAAAGAUGGACAAAUUGGACUGACAAACAGCCCCGUUGCUGCCGCUGCCACCAGCAAGAUCACUUCCACUGACCCUGAAUCCAGCCCUUUCACACCAAGAAGAUGUAAGCCUGGCCUCGGGUCCCUGGCUUCAAAGACACCCCAGAAAGUGGAACCCGAGGAGACGUUUGAACCAUUCAAACCUGUCAUGGAGUCUUGUGAAGAACCUGAAAGUGCUGCCAGUAGUUGUGGUGGUAGUAGUAGUAUUAUUAGCAGUAAGAGUAGCAUUAGUAAAGUUUCACAAAAUCAAAAUAUCUCUCGUCCAGCUUCCUCUCCAGCCAGAUCUUCUGCCUUGUUCUCGUCGUUAUCUUCUUCACCUAGUGUAGGAACUUCAAGAGGAAAGUUAAAUGAAAGUAUAGGAGCUUCAGGAGAAAAUAAAACAGAAAAUGUUGAUACUUUAGGAACUCCACAUAAGGGCGUUGAUGAGGCAGGUGAUGGGACUUUGAUUAGCUUUAGAGGAAGCCCUCAGGUUCUUGGAGGUUUCAGAGGAGGAAUGGGAGGUAGAGGCAGCGGAGUUAAGUCCUCUCCUGCCAGCAGACUGAGUUUUGUUGACAGGAAGUGGCUAGAGAGGUGUCAGGUGUUUGGAGAGAUGGAGGCUGAGGUGAGGCCUGGAGCAGGCAACCAGGAGAUAGAUCUAGAGAAAGGAGGAAAGGGAGAAAGGGAACGAGAAGGACAAGGAGAUGAAAAAGUUGAAAAAGAAGAAAUAGAUGCGGAGGGAGAAAGAAUAGACAAGGCAAUAGACUUGGGAAGAGAUGAAGGCUUUAAGAGCAUUACAAGUGACACAACAGUCAGCGAUAGUGCGCCGAAACCUUCUUUACAACACACUGAAAAAAGCAGAGGAGGGGAAGGAAAAGCGAAAAAGAAGGGAGGUGAGGAGAUUGAAAGAGGGCUGACGCCACCAUUAACGCCAGAAGACAACAACGAGACUAGUCAGAAAUCCAAAGGCACAAAGAAGAGAGGGAGGAAAAGGCAGAGAGAGGGAGAGAACACGGAGGGAGAGACGACAGAGGAGGGAGGAGUGAAGAAGAGGCGUAGGAACGGCAAAAAGAAAGAGGAGAGCUCCGAUGUAAACGCCAGCUCAGCUCAAACAGGAGGGAAGAAAAGGAGAGCCAAGAAAAAGGGAGACGAAGAUGGAGAGGCAGAAGAAGAAGAGAAAGAAAGCAAAGAACCUAAAAAGGAACCUCAGGAGAACUUGUUAGGAGAAAUAGAGGAGGACGUUGCAGCCAGGAGAGCGCAUCGCAUGAAUCGCACUCAGCCCGUCAGAGCCAGCGGCGUGAAAGGCGCAGAGGGUAACUUUGUGAAGAUUAAUCUGAAGAAGAAAUCUCACGUCAAAGGAUACGCACUCAGAGGGGCAGGUCUACGCAAACAGAUGUACAUGCAGAAGUUCCAGCUGAAAGGCGAACGUUUUGGGGGAGGCGCAGGAUUCUUUGGCAGAGGAGGGAGGGGUGGAUUCAGAGGGGGGGGUGGAUUCAGAGGGGGGUUCAAUCGGCAGGGUGACACCUGCUUCAAGUGCGGAGGGACCGGACACUGGGCCAUGAACUGCAAGGGACCAGCCCCUCCGCCUCCUGCUGCUGAGGACCAGCCUGCUGAGGAGGAGCCGUUUGAGCUGCCCACUCUGGAGGAGGUUGCCAGGGCAACAGGCACACUACACCCUCAGACACUGGUGGCGUCUCCCAGUAUCACAGAGGAGCAGCCGCACCAGGACAAGGAGGUGGACGGUAAACAGAAAGACGAGGUGUUGCUUAACGUGAUCCGUCCUGAUUAUGAGCGUCCUGAUGCUCCACCGCCAAUGGAACCACUUUAUCAUCUCAAGGAUGACGGGAAAGUCCAGGAAACACCUGCUGAAGUGCACGCAACUCUGCGAGAACUCGGCUAUCAGUCAUUUAGACCAGGACAAGAGGAAGCCAUCAUGAGGAUCAUGUCAGGUCUCUCUACCCUCGUUGUGUUGUCAACGGGGAUGGGUAAAUCAUUGUGCUAUCAGCUCCCAGCCUACCUGUACGCUAAACGGUCAAAAAGCAUCACUUUGGUCAUUUCACCUCUCGUCUCACUGAUGGAUGACCAGCUGUCUGGCCUGCCAGCCAAUCUGAAGGCAGCCUGUAUCCACUCCAACAUGUCGAUGAAACAGAGAGAAGCUGCGAUAGAAAAGGUGAAGUCGGGCCAGGUGUGUGUGCUGCUCCUCUCUCCGGAGGCUCUGGUUGGUGGAGGCGGUUCAGGUUCGGGGUGUUUGCCCUCGGCCCAGGAGCUCCCCCCUGUGGCCUUCGCCUGUAUAGACGAAGCUCACUGCGUCUCAGAGUGGUCGCACAACUUCAGGCCCUGCUACCUGAGACUCUGUAAGGUACUGAGGGAGCGUUUGGGAGUGCAGUGCUUGCUGGGACUCACAGCCACGGCCACACUGUCCACCGCUCUGGACAUCGCACGCCAUCUGGACAUCACCGAUCGAGACGGCAUCGCAGUCCGAUCUGCAGCGGUGCCUACGAACCUGCAUCUGUCUGUGUCCAUGGAUAGAGAUAAAGACCAGGCUUUAGUGUCCUUGUUGAAAGGCGAUCGUUUUGGUUGCCUGGACUCCGUCAUCGUUUACUGCACCAGGAGAGAGGAGACGACUCGCGUGGGGGCGCUGCUCAGGACCUGCCUGCAGGGCGUGCUGGUGAAAGAAAACAAACACAUCAACAGUCAGACACAACACAACUCUGCAGGACAGAGAAAGAAAGAGCUGGCAAGGAAGAAGAUUCGCAAGCCGCUGAAAUGGCAGGCGGAGUCGUACCACGCCGGCUUGUCGGCGUCAGAGCGCCGCCGCGUACAGAACAACUUCAUGUGCGGGGAGCUCAGAAUCGUGGUGGCCACUGUGGCGUUUGGCAUGGGCCUCGAUAAAUCUGACGUCCGCGGCAUCAUCCACUACAACAUGCCUAAAAGCUUUGAGAGCUACGUUCAGGAGAUUGGGAGGGCAGGAAGAGACGGAGACCCAGCACAGUGUCACCUCUUUCUGGACUCUGAGGGUGGGGACCUCUGGGAGCUCCGUCGUCAUAUCUACGCGGACACAGUGGACUACUACACCGUAAAGAAACUGGUCCAGAAAGUUUUCCCACCGUGCAAAUGUAAACAGAUACACCAGAAACAACAGGAACUUGUAAAGGACAUUGAAGAUGCGGAGCUGCUGGAAAUGAUGGACGCGUGUGAUCAGGAGAGCAGCCUGAACCCUCCCGCUCAGCAGGACGUAGUUCAUACAGACACACCAGCACCGUCUACUGCACAGGAGUCGCCACAUACCGAUGCAGCGGAACAACCCCUCCAAGAAGAUAGAGAUGAAGGAAAGGAGGACAAGAAAGAGGAGCAGGCAGCUGAACACGAGGAAGCUGACAGUUCGAUGACGCACAAGGACGUGGAGGAGAAAGGAGCCGGCGAUUGGCUGAGGGACCAGGAAGAGGAGAGCAGAGAUUGGCCCAGAGAGCGGGUGUGUCACACGCACGAGAGGGCGAUUCCCAUCCAAGAAACUGUCGAAGCUCUGGACAUCACAGAGGAAGGUGUAGAAACGCUGCUCUGUUAUCUGGAGCUGCAUCCUCAGCGCUUUGUGGAACUCCUCCACCCCACGCUGUCUGUGUGUAAAGUCAGCUGCUACAGUGGACCGAGACAGCUCCAGAAAAUCACUAAACUUUGCCCUCCGAUUGCCGUGGUGUUGGCCAGAAGGCGGAUGGCGGGCGAGCGGGUGGAGACGUGCGAUCAGCUGGAGUUUGAUGUCGUCGAGGUUGCGGACACUAUGGGAUGGCAGCUUCCUCUUGUGAAGAGAGGACUCAGACAGCUGCAGUAUAGCAGUGUUGGCGGACGUAGCGGUGUCCACGUGGAGUUAUCCUCCUUAUCGUUCUACUUCCGUUCCUUCGGCGACCUCAGCGACGAGGAGAUGGACAGAGUUUGUCAGUUCCUCCAUAAUCGAGUGCAGAACCAGGAGAGAACGCAGCUCUACCAGCUGACCGCCUGCUUCAAGGCCUUCAAAAGUGUUGCGUUCCAGAGCGCGUCGUCCUGCCUCGAAGAUUUGAACGAGAGCCGCAGUCUCCAGCUGAAAGAACUUCUCUCCGAGUACUUCGGCAAGAGGCGAGACCGAAGCCUCGCGCUCGCACCGGUGGUCGUCGAGGAGCUCGACAGAUACAAGUUGUUGGACUGGGAGAAUCAGAUCAGAGCGGACAUCAGGAGUUUCCUCUCCAACCGAAGUGAUGAGAAGUUUUCUGGAAGAGCUGUUGCCAGGAUCUUGCACGGCAUAAGCAGUCCUUGUUUUCCCGCUCAAACCUACGGCAGGGACAGACGCUACUGGAGAAAAUACAUCCAGUUUGAUUUCAACCAGCUCAUCAGACUGGCCACGCAGGAGAUCAUUCGCUUCAAGUGAGCAACCGAAUGUGCACGCACAGAGAACGGCAUGUACGCACACACAGGUCUGCAGACAUGCACCAUUCACCUACUCGUUGCUCUUGGGCUCUGGUUUCGAUGGAUUUGGCCGGAAACACCAGUUUUUGUUCCUCAUAUCACUUGUAUUGCAUCAUGUUGUUAUUUAAUCUGUGAAGUUUUUCUUUGUAGACUAAUUAAAUAAAAUAUUUCUAUUUUUC